AUGGGUCCCUGUACGGCCUCCCAUUGCUGCUGUCUCCAUCGCCACACUCUGCCAUGUGCCACUUUCAGGUCUCCUCACACUCCUGCUGGUUUCCAUUUUGUCAUAGGUUGCUGGCAGAUUACAGGUCUCCCAUAGGUGCUGCCAGGCCCCAAAUCUGCCAUGGGCCCCCGUACCGCCUGGUCACGCUGCUGCUGGGUCCACAGUGUGACAUGGGUCCUUGUACCGCCUCCCAUUGCUCCCAGUCUGCCAUGUGCCACUUUCAGGUCUCCUCA